AUGAACGAAGGAGGGAUCAAUAUAAGGCGUUUCGCAGCCAGAUUUGUGAAUGAACCGGAACACUUGUUUGAGGUCGCGAAGCAGUUCAGAAAAUUACUGAAAACGGCGGAAAAAGAGCUGGAAAAGGCGAGAAAAACGAAGAAACACAUCGAAUUCCAUCAGUGGAAUAUUGAGGAUUAUGAGGCGAAAAUUGCGGAAGCCAAUGAGAAAAUUCAGGAAUUAGAGAAUAAAGUUCGAGAAGAAGAGUUUUUUGUGAAUUUCAUUCAGCAAAUUGCCGAUUUUCUCAAGAUCGACAUUGAGGACACGUGGCGCCGAAGCUUUCUCCGCCUCCUCCAACAUCUUCACGAUCGCAUCCAUGCGCCGCGCGUUUUUGAGCCAAUUCCACCGUAUUCAAUUUGGGUUUUCGAAGUUUUAUUGACUAUUCUUAAUUCCUCCCAAAUGGACGGCAGACUCGUCCUCAUCGAAAAUUUCGACACCCCCGUCGGAAAUACAGCGGACCUUUUGGAUAGAUACGGCGAGGAGCCGUACAACUUGUUCGAAAUCGCAAAAAAAGCGAGAGCAGCGCUGAAAAAGGCGGAAAACGAGCUGGAAAAGGCGAGAAAAACGAAGAAACACAUCGAAUUCCAUCAGUGGAGUAUUGAGGAUUACGCGACGAAAAUUGGAGAAAUUAGAGAGAAAAUUCGGGAAUUCGAGGAGAAAGUUCGCGUAGAAAAAGUGUGUUUGGAGGCUUUUCAGCGAAUUGCGAGGGAUCUUGGGCAGGAUAUUGAGGACACGUGGCUCCGACGCUUUAUCAUAUGGCACAAUAGAAUCGGCGCUUAUUUCGACUGGCCGCCCGUUUUUGAGCUCGUCCGAAUGAAUUCCGUGUGGUUUUUCGACGUUAUAUUGGCUAUUCUUGUAUUCUUUGUGUAUUUAACGUUUUAA